AUGACUUCAAAAACUAAGGAGGCAUUAGCACAUACACAAAACAAAGGGAACCAUAUCAGUGUAAAUGGGGGUUCCCCUCGAAAUGGUAAUACUAGUGCCUACCUAAACGGGAACGUUAAGGAUUUUCAGGCUGUUGCUUCAACUCGCAAUGGAUCAGUUAAGCAAGAUCAAGUUCCUGGAGUUCAUAUUGUUCCUUCGUCCCUGUUUGGAAUUGGUGCCUACGGUCUGCCUGGACAGGUUGCUGCGCUGCAUCCCUUUGUUAUGCAGCAGCAAGGUGCUCCACCCUCUGUAACAUCAGCCAACACGCACAUUCUUCAAUCUCAUGUUGGCCAACUUCAGUCAGGGCCUGCAAUUUCAUUCCAUCCACAGUGGGAGAACCAGCAGGCUGUACCAGAGAGCUCACAGGUAUCAAGUCAGAGUCAAUAUCAAAUGCCCCAAACUGAGCAAGGAUCUGGUGAUCGUUACGAAUACGAGCUUACUGCUGAUUUGUAAAAAGUGCAGCAGAUAUGUACUCAAAUUUUAA